AUGAGUUAUAUAACAUCUGCUAAAAAAAAUGAAACUCUUACUUAUCUUUAUACUUUAUAUAAUAACCAGGAACGAUUAACUUCUAUUCAAGAAACAGAACCAUCAAGCACUAAUUCUUCUUUUUUCACUUCAUUUUAUGAUGAUGAUAAGGAUAUUUUAAUUGCAAAUGAAAAUUCAUCCUUGGUUGAAGAAGAA